AAGACACAUAUAGUGCUGGCUGUACAUUAGUAAGCCUGACUAAUGGCUCUUUUCUUAAAGGAUAUCCUGCAGCCUUCUCAGAAGGACACCUUCAACCUGCUGACACAGGUGCAAUCGCAUGUGGAUGAUCCCUUUAAGAGCACAAUCAAAGAUCGGUCUUUGAAAUCGGGGAAUAUUGGCAUCCCAUCCCAUCUCAUCCAUGUGUGUCGCUGGCCAGCCUAUACCACUUACACAUCACCCAUGGUUAAGAAUUUUAUUGAACAAGACAAACCAAGAACUGCCACGUUCCUGGGAGCAUCUCAUUCGAGCAGUCUAGCCCAGCACCGCAGGGACACCAGCGAGGACUUGCAAAGAAAAACUAGCCCUGGUUCUCAGGAAUCAGAGGCAGGUCAACGAAGUUCAGAAGAGACCCAGCUUAGUGCCACUGUUAGCUUCUGUUGGGCUCGAAAGGUUUCCCAUUAUGGUGGCCUAGGAAGGCCAGGAAGCUUUACGCCUACAGAUAAUUUGGUCAUUUUUGCCAAGAAAAGAAACCCUUUACGUGUGCUGCCAAUGAAGCUGCCAGAUAUUUCCCAGAAGGGAAAGAACGAAGGGUCAGGCUACACUAAAAUUUCUUAGCAACGAAUAUUUAUCUUGGGAGUAUUUUUUUUAAAGGAACUGGAUAAAGGAUUAAUGCAGGCAACAUUAAGAAAAGGAAAGUCUGAUAUGCAAAAGAGUGUACUGUAUUAAUGAAAAUUCAACACUGCCCAAUAAGACUGUGAAUCAACAAUUUAAGCCUCAUCAUUUCAGGCCCUGGUACUUUUACAAAAACUGUGGAUGUGCUUUAUUUAUAUCUACAUAAUAUUAUAUCGCAAGCCUACAGACUCCGAAAGCCAUCCUACACAUUCCGAUUAUAUUAAUGCAUGCAAUUCAUUGACAGAUCAAUCUUUUUUUUUUCUUUUUUCCUAUCUUUGCUUUUGAGAGCAUGGCUUGCCUGUUCUGGGAAAAUAUACACAUGAUGGCAGGGACAAGAAGACCUGCCUGAUCAUGCCGCAGGUUGAAUUCAUUACUUUUCUAGAUAUACGAGUGGACACUUAAGCAGCAUCACGACAGUUGUACGUUUACUGAAAAGAAAGAGACAUUGUGGAAUAGACUGUAUGGAGCAUUGCAGUAUAUAAAUGUCCUAUAAAAGACUCCUCCUGAACUCCUCUUUGCUGCCAAAAGGAGCACCGAACUGAAAUUCCAUAGGGAGUGAACCUGAUUUAGCCAAUGCAGGACAGAUAAGCUGAGUGAGCUGAUAUAUUUGGGUACAAACCAACCAAAAUCAGGCUAAAGGUUUUACCUUGUGUUCCACAGCCAGAUGACACUUUCAGUUUGUGGUUAUGUAAAUGGGAAUUUCCCCAGCAUAGAUUCUUUCUAGUUAUUGGACUGCAAAACCAUCGUGCCACUGCCAUUAUUCAUGUAUUAUUUAUAUGUUAGACGCCUAGCUCACCUUUUCGGACAGGUGUAAAAGUUAGUGUACAUAUUGCUUCUUCUCAUUUUCCCCUCCUGGGAAGUCAAUUGGACUAUAAGAGAGGCUGACCUAAAGCUUUUGCAUUUUAAUGACCUUUCAUGUUAAAGAUAGAUGAGAGUACAGUGCUCAUCAUUCACUAUCAUUGGAGAGCACCAUAUUGUCUACACCUAACUUAUCACCUGGCAUAAAUAUGUAUUUCUUA